AUGUCCAAAUUCACCAGACUAUACCUGCGCGUGCCGCAGCCAACGACGCUCUUUGGCUGCAUCAGCCUGCAGACCGGCACGGAACUCAUCUCGCUCGCACUCGUUUUCAACAAGGUGACGGGCGUCUACGGGCUGCUCGCCAUCCUCACGGGGUACCAGCUGUCGCUGCUCCAGCUGUCGACGUACGUCUACUCGAUUGGCGUGCUGGGCCUGCUCAUCUUCCUGAUCCCACACAUCCGGCGACAGACGCCCUUCGAGUGCCUGGCGCUGGCAUGGGUGUACAUUCUGGACGCGUGCAUCAACGCGGCGUACACGGCCGCGUUUGGGCUGGACUGGUACUUCCACAGCACGGCGACCGAGUCGGACACGCGGCCGGCGGGCCUGUCCAACACGGUCAUGGAGAGCAUCGAGGGGUUGAAGAAGGAGAGCGCCAUCCACGGGAAAGUGGUGCCGCAGGAGACUGCUAUGAGCAUGAUCUUCAUCGUGGCCGUCACCCUGAUCCGCGUCUACUUUAGCUUCGUCGUCAUGGCGUACGCGAGGCAGUCGCUGCAAAAGUACAUGCAGCUGAUGAUUAUGGAGGGCCCCGGCGUGGACGACUACGACGGCCCGUUUGCGCUGGAUCUGCCGGACGGCGAGGGCCGCCGGGGCCGUCUGGGCCGCAUCAUGGUGUCGCUUGGCCGCUCGUACUGGCUGGGUCACCUCGAGGACAAUGGCUGGUCGGGCAACAACAGCAGCAGACAGCGCAAGGUCAACGAGCCAGGGAUGCUUGCCGGCGAGGUUUAA